GUCAUAGCCAAGUGGAAGUUGACGGCCGUCGCCGCCUUCAGGAAGGGCUACAAGUAUCUGUCAACACCCCUCAUGGCGGUGGACGUGGGCCAAGCCCAGAAGUUCAUCGAGGCAGCGUGCGAGUGCGUCGGCGGCAGCUGCGCCUGCACGGACGUCUCGUGCGGUUGCCCGGUGUACAUCGGUGUCCACUUCUACGCGUACGACUGCAGGCCAGUUGAGGCUGGCGGUUACACGGACUUCCAGAGGAAGCUCAAGGCCGUCGCCGACGUCAUGGAGCUCUACCCCUUUGUGAAGGGCGCCAUCAUGAACGAGGUGGG